AUGCCAUGGAUGGCUAACUCGACUGUGACAAAGUCCGCUAUAUCUCCAAGGGCAUUGCCCUCUGCGGAAGUGACAGGCCAUGUUCGGAACGCGAGGGUAGUAUUUGAUGUUGCAUCAAUGUACACAGAACAAGAUUCGCAAACCAUCUAUUUCCUGUUUUUGAUCAAAGUCAUCGCACUCUUCAAUGCAGAUCAACACGACGAGGCAAACCUGCUCCUCAAAGAACUUAAUACCGGAUGUCCGAAUGCUGAUAACUCGUGCAUAUCAUAUCGUGGAGGUAACGACAAUGCAUAUCUACGCAUUCAGCUCGGACUCAAAACCUUGGACAGCACACGUCACGACGAAGUCGCUGAGCAUUUCACUGCUGCUCUCAACUCCAGCGCUUUACCAUCGAAAUCUGGUGUUCAUGACAUUUACGAGGAUUUGGUGGUGCUCUUCGGCUGGAAUCUCAAAUCAUUGUGGCUCACUGCACGCCAGAAACGGUGUGAUGCACUCCUUCAAGCAGAUAAACUUCUAGAUGCCAUCGAAUCAUACCGAUUCUUGAUGGGCGAUAUCGACGAAAAAGCGAAGGCCAGCUGCCUUCAAUGGUCUAACGGCAAGUCUAGAGUUCGAAAUGUCGAGCAUGCUGUGAUUCUUACCACCAUUUCACUCAGCUUUCACAAAAAAUGCAGCGCGCUAGUUCUUACCAGGGGAGAUGCUGCCCUCGCUACAAGCGAUUUUAAAAGGGCUAUUGACCUCUACUCUGCAGCGAUUGACCUAACUCCUCCAUCUGAUGCUGUCUUUGCAAAGCGUAGUCAGGCAAAGCUGGGGAAAAUGAUGUGGAUGGAAGCACUUCUCGAUGCGCAGAAGGUCAUCCGACUCAAUCCUUCAUCUCAUAAUGGGUACAAGUUGAAACACGCAGCGUUUCAUGGCGCCCAACGCUAUGAUGAAGCUAUUACGGCCUUUAAAACGUGGACGAAAAUUGGACGAUGCUCCUGACGCUGAGAAGCUACCAAUGGCUAGGCAGCUGGACCCGACUGCAGUUUGUUCAUACCCGCAUCGAGUACAUAAAUUGAAAAGCCUGGCUCCGACAAUCAAUUCUCUUCCAAUGAUGGAG